AUGGCUAACAAAGGGCUAACAGUGAUAGCCAUUUUGAGUGCCUGCUGCUUUAUAAUAGAGCUUUUGCCCGUUAUAUCGGUACCAAUUACUUCUAUGGAUUCUCCAAGAUUGUACUUAUGUAAUUACCGAAACGUUACUUUUGGUGUAUUUGGAGUAUGUGAUGAAAAGACCCACCAAUGUACGAAGCCUAAAAUAGGAUACAUACAGUCGAGCGACCAUUUUUUGCAAGAUGAAGAAGACUACGAUGGGAUAAGGUUACCUUCAACUGCAGUUAGUUCCAUUUCUAAACUAUUGGUAGUUCAUGUCGUUGCAGUUGCAGUAACUGGUUUACUAAUGAUAACGAUUUUCGUUUUAUUGGGAUUUCUUUAUUUGCAUCGUGAGGGCGUAUUUGAUUUCAGGAAGGGCUCAAAGAAACCUGAGGAGGUUAAUGAAAUGACAUCUGUUUCAGAGACCUCUAUCAGAAGCCAUGUCCUGACGAAGCAAGUUGACGAGAAGGAUUGGGAUGUUACUCCUGUGUUGCAGCUAAUGCUUUUUUUCUCCUUAAUAUCAUUUUUGCUGACACUCUUGGCUUUCUUAGCAGAUCUUCUCCUCUUUAUACCUGAAUUGAGCUACCUAGGAUGGCUUCAGUUGAUACCGAUAAUACUACAUGCAAUAGUUAUCAUGAUUCUUUGCUUCAUAAAGAGAUCGAUCUCAUCAAGAAGAUAUUUGGAAGUGGAUCAAAACUAUGAAAUGGAUGACAUGAGAAGAAUAAAGAACGUUCCAACGUGGGAUGAUUCGGCAAGCGACGAUGGAUUUUACGUUUACACCAAUGGAUUUUACAGCACUUACGAUAACACUGACCACGAAGUAGUCAGUAAUGAUUUUGAUAUCCGAGGACGGAGCAUUGGCAGGCGAAAUAAUCAGAGCGGUGAUGAAGAAGAACAAGAGAUGCAUAGUGAAAAUGAACAUACUAAUGAUAACGAGCACACUAAUAAUAAUGAAAGUGAUUUCAACCAGACAAUUAACGUCAAUGAGCAUGAUACAUGA